CUUCCGGCCCGCCGCCACCGGGCGGGAAGCGCCGCGCCCCCCGGGUAACCGCCGCCGCCAUCUUUGUGAAGGGGAGGGAGGGGCCGGGCGUCCUCGGCGCCGCUCGUGCUGGCGGCUGCCCUCUCGGUGUGGCCCCUGGUACCCGGUGUCCCCUCAGCGCCGCCCCGCCUGCAGGCGUCUGUCCGCUCAGUGCCAUCUCUGCCACCCAUCGUGUCCCUUCAGUGCCACCCCGGCUCCCAGUGUCCCCUCAGUGCCACCUCUGUCCCCUCAGUGCCAUCACUGGUGCGCAGUGUCUGUCCCCUCAGAGCCAGAUCUGGCUCCCAGUGCCUGUCCCACAUGCUGUCCCUCCACGUUCUCCUGAUGUCACCUAAAUGCCAUUUCCCACCCCAUGCCACUGCCUUCAGCCUCCUCUCUCUCUUCCUUCAUCAGAGCCCAAGGGACAGGGCAGUGCAUCAGGCCCAGGGAUGUGACAGGCGAUGGGGACACAGAAGGCAAUGGGGACAUGGUAGGUGAGGGUAUGAGGCACAGAAGUGCUGCCCCAAAGGAGCCUGUGGGAAGCCAGCCCUGCAGCCAACACCCAGACAACACUCUCAGCAAUACGGUCUGAUUUAUUGGGUGGCCCUGCGUGGAGCCAGGGCUUGGACUUGGUGAUCUUUACAGGUCCUUUCCAAUGUGGGGUACUCUAGGAUUUAUUAAAGGGCUUCACAAAAGGCCCCUCUGGAACAGGAUAAAUCCUAGCCCCGUCAAGGAAGGAGAUGUAGACAGCACUCCAGGAGACUGCACCUGAGCCAGGAGUGAGGGGAGAAGAGCUGCCAACUGAUGGCUGCACCUCCCACAAUGAGGGCCAAGGCAGGAGCUCCACAUCCUCCACAAUGAUGGGGAACACCGUGUUCCUGUCAUUCGCCUUCUACAGCACGAUCCUGAUCCUAAAGAUGUAUGUCGUUGCCAUCAUCACGGGACAAGUGAGGCUCAGGAAGAAGGCAUUUGCUAACCCAGAGGAUGCGCUGCGCAAUGGAGGGCUGCAGUACUACCGUGAGGACCCCGAUGUGGAGCGCUGCCGCAGGGCGCAUCGCAAUGACAUGGAGAACAUCUUCCCCUUCCUCUUCCUUGGAGCUGUGUACUCUCUGCUAGAGCCCAGUCCUGCAGUGGCCAGGGUCCACUUCUUCAUCUUCUGCGUGGGACGCAUCGUGCACACUGUGGCCUACCUGCUGAAGCUGAGGGCUCCCACGCGCUCUGUGGCAUACAGUGUGGCACAGCUGCCCUGCUUCUCCAUGGCCCUGCAGAUCCUCCUGGCAGCUGCCCCGUAUUGGUAGCACCCAACCAAGCAGAGCACCCAACCCGCCCCAUCCUGCUCUCUGCAGCUGUGCCAGCACUGAGACGUUCCUGGUGGGGGUGUGUGUGGGUGCUGCAGGGAUGUGUGGGAUGGCCUUGGUAAGGUCCCUGGGUCUGCUGUUGAAACUGGGGCAGAGGGAGCAGGCAGGGGAUGCUGAGCAGCUUUCCCUCGUUCCUGUCCUCGAGGAAGGGGUGUCACCGGAGGAAAAGAGGUUUUCUGCAUCAGUGACCCAGCGUGGGAUGGGGAACGCUGCCCUUGGUCAGCAGCACCAAAUCAAGAAGGGGAAGCCACCACGGUCCCACAGCUCUGCGAGAACUCUUGGUUGGUGGAUGUGGGUGUUGGCAGAGAGGGAGAAAAGCUUUCAAUCUGGUCACAGCCUCAGCACGGGAUGCAGCCAAGACUGCCCAGAGCAGCCCGCACAAAUCACUGCCCUGCAGAGAGCUGUGUGCCCGCAGCCAUGUGCUGCUGCUGCCUGGAAAUGCUCUGAGAGAGACGCUUUCAACGUGUGCCCCAAGCUGUGCCCUGGGAGGAGGGUUCGCUGUUCUGCUGUGCUGCAUGAGGAUGGCCAACCCUACUGUGCCACGCAGCUCUCCUUAAGGAUGGCGCUGGGGCAGUCCCAUGGAGGACAGCGUGGGAGGAAGGCUCUGAGGACAAUGCAGAACUUUGCUAAGAUCUCAGUGAGAAAGCAGAAUGAGCAGAAAAUGAACUCCCUUUCCACCUGUCCUAAGCAAUAAAGCUCUUCCCUUUGCUGUGCUCUCCUCUGGAA